AUUCUUACAUUAUUAUUAAAGUAGUGUGUCUCCGCUCCUGUAGGGGGUGAUGUUUCGCUUCUUAAACACGAACCCUGAUUGUGCGACAGGCCGUAUUUUGCUACCGAGUAAACAAGAUGGCGUCUGGUAGUGGGUCCAGUAAGAAUGACUUCCGUCGGAAGUGGGACAAAGAUGAAUAUGAAAACCUCGCUCAGAAACGCCUGGCUGAGGAGAGAGACAGAGAAAGGCGAGAUGGGAAAACAGCUCCGCCGGUCAAGAGGGAUCUCCUCCGUCAUAGAGACUAUAAAGUGGAUCUGGAGUCUAAACUGGGGAAGACCAUCGUCAUCACAAAGACCACUCCUCAGGCUGAGAUGGGCGGUUAUUACUGUAAUGUCUGUGACUGUGUCGUGAAAGACUCCAUAAACUUCCUGGAUCACAUCAAUGGCAAAAAGCACCAGAGGAACCUGGGGAUGUCGAUGCGAGUCGAGCGCUCGUCUCUUGAUCAGGUGAAGAAACGUUUUGAGGUGAACAAGAAAAAGAUGGAGGAGAAGCAGAAGGAGUAUGACUUUGAGGAGCGCAUGAAGGAGCUAAGGGAGGAGGAAGAGAAGGCGAAGGCCUACAAAAAGGAGAAGCAGAAGGAGAGGAAGCGUCGGGCAGAAGAAGACGUGGACUUUGAGGAGGAUGAUGAAAUGGCGGCGGUGAUGGGUUUCUCUGGCUUUGGCUCAUCAAAGAAGAGUCACUGAGGCUCUGCAACUCCACAGUGGGGACCAUCAUGCACCAGGGCAGCGAACUGGUUCCAGUCAGCUGGACUUUGAGACCAGACUCAGACUCUGAAGACAGGAAGAAGGCCUGUUGCAGACUCUCAGUCCUGAAAUCUUUCAUCAGCCUGAUUCAGACUAUUUCCUUUUUGUCUACAGUCAGGCUUUUUAUUUGGUAGAUUCAUCCAUCACAAUCGGUUCUGAACACAUUUGAUUCAGCAAAAUGAAGGUGAACACACUCUUAAAGGGAUAGUUUGGACUUUUUAAAGUGUUGUUAUCCAUAGUCAGAGUAUUGGCUACAGUAGAUGGCUGUUGACACAGGAAAUAUUUAUAAUAGUUAAAGUUGAAUGAAUAGGUACUGAAGCUGUUAUCUAUCUCAUCAAAGCCACCAGACAUUGACAAAAAUGUAGUGCCUUAAUAGCACCAGAGGUUAAUAUCACACAGGUUGAAGUGUGGGAAGAUCCUUGCAUCUGGCUUUGACUGUGAUGGUGAUUUAGGUGGCUAAAAUCCAUUUUUCUGCACAUCCCUUCCUAAGCAGUUCAUUGCUUAGCUUCUGUACUGCUACUCCAUUCUGCUUCUCCAAACUGGGAAUGUGCUGACUUAACCUACUUUAGGUAAUACACUGAUUAUGGAUAAGUACCUCUGAAAAAACCACUGAAGAAAAUCCAAACUAACCCUUUAAUGUUAUGGUAAAGUUAUCUUUGUGAAAACCUAGAAGAAAACUUGGGAACUAACAGAAAAUAUGGACAGAAGGGCAGAGAAAGAACUGCAGAAUUUUCCUUUAAGUUAAUGAGAUGUCAGACUGCGACAUGUUCAAGUACAUGCAGAUGGAAUUGCAUUUCCAUUAGAAACUCCUUGAAAAGAAGCUGUUCUUCAAACAAAAAUACAUUUAAAAUUCAAAAGUGUUCAUACAAAGAUUCAAAUUCUUGUUAUGAAAAAUGUGUGUAGUGUAGUUUGCUAAAAAACAGAAUUUUUGAUUACAAGAAUUUGAGUGUUAAAAUACAUAAAAUAUUUAAGAACUGAGCUAGAGAAAAUGGCAACAAAUUUAAUUUUUACUUCUUAAAUUUUUAUUUGUGACAUCAGACACAGUCAUGUUAGUAUUAUUUUCAACAUAUUUGUUUGUUGGGGGAAAUUCAGAUUUUAAUAAACAUUUUUUUGUUUCUAAUUGA